GAAAGCGACUUCAAGUGAUUGUCUCAGAUCUACAGUAGGCUAUACAGUUUAUGAAGAAAAAGAAGAAGUGUGCAUGGUGGGAGUUGUGUGAAAAAGCGCAGCUGGGGUGUAAAGAUACACCGUGAAAGUUGAUUUUUUUUCAACACGACUUUCAUUUUCACGGAUGAAGUGGUGGUCAUGGGAUUGCAGACAUGACCUGAGAAAGAUUGUUGCGCGAGUAUCAGUUACCGGGUCCCAACCAAUCCCGGCGCGCUGUCAGAGCUCGAGAGGAGACGGCAGACCGGAGAGAAGCAGACGCAUGCAGAGGAGAGCAAACCCUCCAACCGAUUUAUCCAUCCGACCACCGUCUAUCCUACUUCACCCAGCACACUUGCUGCCCCCCACAUCUUCCCUUCCUCCCGACUGCAGCUGUUUGGGUUAACCGGGGAGGCGUGAGGCAGGAUGCGCCAUGGGACAGGCGUGCGGACACGCGCUCCUCUGCCGUAGCCAGCCGCCGUCCUCCGAGAUACGCGGUCAGCAAGUGUUUCUGCGUCCUGAAGAAAGUUCAGCUCCAGCCCUGACUACCAGACAGUCCACCGCGUUGUCCGAACAACUCCAGGAUGCCUUGCUGCAGCUGGCGGCGGUUGUCGAUGCGCGCUCGCUUCGAGUGGCCCUCCGAGACAGCAUACAGGAGUUGCUACCCAGCACGGAGUGUGUAUGUGUCUACAUGCCGGAGGGAUACUCGAGGCUGCUAUCUGACGACCCUCCACACGAACUGCCACAGGAGGGAAAGAUCAGAACUAUCGUGGACCAGCUGAAACGAUGUCAGUGUGCAGGCCUUCCUCCGUCCGAACUGCCAGAGAAAUACAGAAUCUGCCUCGCAGCACCGUUACCAGCGCACAGAAGAGCCAUUGUCAUUCCUCUCCUGAACCAGGAGCGGGACAAGGCCAUUACUGUCUUACUGGUGGGCUGUAAUCCAUUAACUGAUCAGGAUGAACUGCAUCUCAACAUGCUGGAGAAACACGCCUCAGUGGCGUGUGCGCGAGUCCAGACUGUUCAGACGUCCUACCAGAGGCCUCCCCUCAGCCCCUCUCCCUUACAGUCCCACAAUGCACUGCUGCACCUCAACGUCUCAGACCAAGACUACAGCGAACUGGACCGCAACAUUCUCCAACUCUGUGGUGAGCUCUUUGACCUUGAUGCAGCCUCCCUCCAGCUCAAAGUCAUCAAUUAUCUGCAGCAGCAGACUCAGUCACAGUGUUGUUGUUUGCUACUGGUGUCUGAGGACAACCACCAGCUUUUCUGCCAGGUGGUUGGAGACAAAGUCCUGGAGGAGGAGAUCAGCUUCCCGCUGAUGUUUGGACGCUUUGGUCAGGUUGUCGAGAAGAAGAAGUCCAUUACUCUUCAGGACAUCAGUGCCGAGGAGCGGAGGCAGCUGUCCAGCAUGUUGGGCUGUGAUAUCUCCUCCUUGCUUUGUGUGCCUGUGGUCAGCAGGGCAACCGGUCAGGUGGUGGCAUUAGCAUGCGCCUUCAACAAGCAGAAUGGGCGGAGACACACAGAGGCAGACGAGCAUGCGAUCCAGCACUGUUUCUGCUACACUUCAACGGUCCUCACUUCAACGUUGGCCUUCCAGAAAGAACAGAAACUCAAAGUGGAGUGCCAGGCGCUCUUACAAGUGGCCAAAAAUCUCUUCACACACUUGGAUGAUGUGUCAGUGCUGUUACAGGAAAUUAUAGUGGAGGCCAGGAACCUCAGUGAUGCCGAAAUCUGUUCUGUGUUCCUGCUGGACCGUGUCAGUCAUGAGUUGGUGGCUAAGGUGUUUGACGGAGGCGUGGUCAGUGAUGAGGAGAAUGAGUUUCGGAUUCCAGCAGAUCAGGGUAUUGCCGGUCAUGUGGCGACCACAGGUCAGAUCUUGAACAUUAAGGAUGCGUACUCCCAUCCUCUCUUCUACCGCGGUGUGGACGACAGCACUGGCUUCAAGACUCGCAACAUCCUCUGCUUCCCCAUCAAAGAUGAGAACAAUGAGGUGAUUGGAGUCGCUGAGUUGGUGAAUAAAAUGAACGGGCCGUGGUUCAACCGCUUCGAUGAGGACCUUGCCACGGCUUUCUCCAUCUACUGUGGUAUCAGCAUAGCUCAUUCUCUGCUCUACAAGAGAGUCCAUGAAGCUCAGUUCAGAUCCCACCUGGCCAACGAGAUGAUGAUGUACCAUAUGAAGGUCUCAGAGGAAGAGGUUACUAAACUGCUGGUGACGGGGGUUGAACCCGUGCUGGAGAUCCACCCGUGCUUUGCCGAGUUCACGUACACACCUCGCUCGCUACCUGAUGACACCACGCCAUUGGGCAUCCUCAGCAUGUUUGAAGACAUGGGUUUCAUCAACACAUACAAGAUUGACCUGAACACUCUGGCCAGGUUCUGUUUGAACGUGAAGAAAGGCUACAGGGACCCCCCCUACCACAACUGGAUGCACGCCUUCUCUGUCUCACACUUCUGCUACCUGCUCUACAAAAACCUAGGGCUAUCCAACUACCUCGAGGACAUAGAAAUUCUUGCUCUCUUUGUCUCCUGUAUGUGCCAUGACUUGGAUCACCGUGGCACCAACAAUUCUUUCCAAGUCGCCUCACAAUCGGUGCUGGCUGCUCUCUACAGCUCAGAGGGAUCUGUGAUGGAGAGACAUCACUUUGCCCAGGCCAUCGCCAUCCUGAACACUCACGGCUGCAACAUCUUUGAGAAGUUCAACAGGAAGGAUUAUACACGAAUGCUGGAUUUGAUCAGAGACAUCAUACUGGCUACAGACCUGGCUCACCACCUACGCAUUUUCAAGGACUUGCAGAAGAUGGCUGAUGAUGGAUACAACCCAAAAAACCACAACCACCGCUCCAUGCUGCUGUGCCUCUUGAUGACAUCGUGUGACCUGUCAGACCAAACUAAGGGCUGGAAAACCACUCGCAAGAUUGCUGAGCUGAUUUACAAAGAGUUCUUCUCUCAAGGAGAUCUGGAAAAAGCCAUGGGGAACAGACCCAGUGAGAUGAUGGACAGAGAGAAAGCAUACAUCCCCGAACUACAGAUAAGCUUCAUGGAACAUAUCGCCAUGCCCAUUUACAAGCUCCUCUCUGAACUGUUUCCUGAGGCCACUGAGCUGUACGAGAGAGUGGCGGCAAAUCGAGAACAGUGGACCAAAGUGUCCCACAAGUUCUCCAUCCGUGGGUUGCCUAGCAACAACAGCCUAGACUUCCUGGACCAGGAAUACGAGCUGCUGCAGUCCCAGGGCGCUUUCGGGAGCGACGACCACUGCCUCAACGGUUGCCUGGAAGAAGAAGGAGGGAGCGGUCAGUGACGACAGCGGGAUGCUUGAAGUUUUCUGUGGUCCAGUAAGAGGCCAAGGGAUACCUUUGUAGUGACCCAAGAGGGAGGGACCUCUCUGCUGUCCAUCACUUAGAUGUUUAUCCGGCCAUGCAGAAUGGACAGAACAAGUUUCAAACUAAUUAAAUCAGAUGGGUGAUUUGAAACGAGCAGGUCCGCCUGAGCCGGUUCAGUGAUUAGAUGCCACAUGUUGCUUGUGUCUCUGGUUCAGGAAAGCAGGAGUUGGUGACUUUUGUCUCUUUCAGAAGCUCUACUGGAAAAAUGAGUUUUUAAACACAGGUCACUAGUUCAUUCAUACAGCACUGGUCCUGAUUAAGAUUGUAAAAACACACACACACUGACAAACAUAUGUGCAUACUGUGUCGACACACAACAGACAAAAAACAGUUCUUACUGAAAAGACUGCUUCAACAUGUAUCAGUGAGAUAAAGUGCUAUACUUUCUGUAAACUGUUUCAUAAUGGCUUAUUUUGAUUUCAAUGGCUCAGCUUUUGUUCACACACAAGCAGCUGCCAUAGUCCCUCACCUGAUGCUUAUGAAUGCAUGCUGUAUGGACACCUCAUGUGUUAUUCCUUUAUCUUCGUCAGUGUUAAUUUCUCCAUGGCUAAGAAAUUAAUGCAGUCCAUUUUUUAUACCAUCACACAUGAUUUUUGUAUUCAGCUCUUCAAAAUAUACUUAAUUAAUUCAUCACCAUAUUGUACAACGGAGAUUUAGUUAAUUUACUCACACCACAUUAUAACCCUCAUGUGUCCUCAAUUUUGGGAAGAUUUAAGGGACAAAUUGACAAUCACUGAUCAAUGACAGAGUCACAGAUCCCUGGCCAUAACUUCAUAACAUAAAACUUUGAAACACACUCCCUGUGCAUUUAUCUGCAUGUCACUGCAUCGACGAUGCAUCUAAACCUCAAAUGAAGGUCGAAUAAUAACCUCAAACACAUUAUUUUUCUCUGUCAUCCUUCCUACUCUCUCACACCGAUCUCACUUCCUUUUACUUUUAGUUUACUGACUUCCUCAUGAACCACUUUAGAUAGAGAGCAACCGAAGCCCUUUAAAAGAUCCAUCUCAUCUGUUAGUGUAUAUGUGCCAGAGUAGAGCGUGUUAUAUGGAGUGUGUCAUUCAGUGUGUCAUGGAUCUGCCUUAUUGCGCAUCUUUGCUGCCUUUCUUAGAGCUUUUAAUAUAUGAAAAUUGAAAUAAAGAGUCUGUUUAAUAUG